CCUGCAGCCAGCAGCAUUCAAACCUUGCAGAGUUUUGCUCUCUGAGAGCUUGUAAUAAGACACACUCUUAUAAGAGUUCAUGCUACAACCUAGCAAAGAACUUUAAAUUUUUGGAAGAACAAUAUAUUCAUUUUGGCAUUCUGCAGAGCAAAGUACACUUGGUGGCCUCUCCUCCUCCAUCCCUCAAAAUGAUAGCAGUCUCUGCAGUCAGCAGUGCACUCCUCUUCUCCCUUCUCUGUGAAGCAAGUGCCGUGGUCUUACUCAAUUCCACUGACUCAUCCCCGCCAACCAAUAAUUUCACUGAUAUUGAAGCAGCACUAAAAGCACAGCUAGAUUCUGCGGAUAUCCCCAAAGCCAGGCGGAAGCGCUACAUUUCGCAGAAUGACAUGAUCGCCAUUCUUGAUUACCAUAAUCAAGUUCGGGGCAAGGUGUUCCCACCGGCAGCAAACAUGGAAUAUAUGGUUUGGGAUGAAAAUCUUGCAAAAUCUGCGGAGGCGUGGGCAGCUACUUGCAUCUGGGACCAUGGACCUUCUUAUUUACUGAGAUUUUUGGGCCAAAACCUUUCUGUACGAACUGGAAGAUAUCGCUCUAUUCUCCAGUUGGUCAAGCCAUGGUAUGAUGAGGUGAAAGAUUAUGCUUUUCCAUAUCCUCAGGAUUGCAACCCCAGAUGUCCUAUGAGAUGUUUUGGCCCCAUGUGCACACAUUAUACACAGAUGGUUUGGGCCACCUCCAAUCGGGUAGGAUGUGCAAUUCAUACUUGUCAAAAUAUGAAUGUCUGGGGAGCUGUGUGGCGACGUGCAGUUUACCUGGUAUGCAACUAUGCCCCAAAGGGCAAUUGGAUUGGAGAAGCACCCUAUAAAGUAGGAGUACCAUGUUCUGCUUGCCCUCCAAGUUACGGAGGAUCUUGUACUGAUAAUCUUUGUUUUCCAGGAGUAACAUCAAACUACCUAUACUGGUUUAAAUAAGCU